CCGCCGCCUUCCCGACGGCCGCCCGCGCGCCGCCGCCGCCAUGAAGCGGGCGCACCCCGAGUACAGCUCGUCGGACAGCGAGGAGCUGGACGAGGCCGUCGAGGUGGAGAAGGAGAGCGCCGACGAGAAUGGGAACCUGAGCUCGGCCGCGGGCUCUAUGUCUCCCUCCACCACUUCGCAGAUCCUGGCUAGGAAGAGGCGCCGAGGGAUCAUCGAGAAGCGACGCCGAGACCGAAUCAACAACAGCCUGUCCGAGCUGAGGAGGCUGGUGCCCAGCGCCUUUGAGAAGCAGGGAUCAGCCAAGCUGGAAAAAGCAGAGAUUCUGCAGAUGACUGUUGAUCACCUGAAAAUGCUGCAUACAGCAGGAGGGAAAGGUUAUUUUGAUGCUCAUGCUUUGGCUAUGGACUAUCGGAGUUUGGGGUUUCGAGAGUGCCUGGCUGAAGUUGCGCGGUACCUCAGUAUUAUAGAGGGUCUGGAUGCCUCCGAUCCUUUGCGAGUCCGACUUGUGUCUCAUCUCAACAACUACGCCUCUCAACGGGAAGCGGCAAGCAGUGCACACGCUGGCAUUGGACACAUUCCUUGGGGCAGUGCCUUUGGACAUCACCCUCAUAUAUCUCACCCGUUGCUGCUGGCUCAAAAUGGGCACAGCAAUACCAGCGCUACAGCGUCUUCCACGGAACCACAUCACCAGACCAGGAUUGCUGCCCCACAUGCUGAAACUGCCUCACUCAGAGUGCCCCCAAAUGGCAGCGUCGGACCGGUGCUCCCCGUAGUCACAUCCACUACCAAACUGUCUCCUCCUCUUCUCUCCUCCAUGGCAUCUCUGUCUGCGUUCCCCUUCUCGUUUGGCUCCUUCCAUCUGCUGUCUCCCAAUAUGCUGAGCCCGUCUGCACCAACGCAGUCAGCAGCCCUUAGCAAACCCUACAGACCCUGGGGGACUGAGAUUGGAGCCUUCUAAGAACUAACUCUUUUAGUAGGGGUGGGGAAGCCUACGAACCUAGCUGAGCUGGGUUAUGCCACGCUUAAAGUUGAAGUUCUUAAUAACUGGGACAAAGGUACAGCUUCACGUUAACUAAGUUUGUCCAAAACCCCGUCUCUUUGGGUUUUUCUUUUUGUUUUCUACAUUUUUGUAUUAGCAGGUUUUUUGUUGUUUUUUUUUUGUUUAAAUAGUUGCUGAAGUUGUCAAAAAAUAAAAUUACGAUAGUGGUCGUUAACCCUUGUGUUAGAUCUGUGCCAAGCGUUUAAAUCGCUUCUGUGAAAGGUUUGUUUCAAAUGUUUUAAUUCUUCCUGAGUACGUCAGACCGCCUUUUCAUGAAGAGAUGUCACCUGUUGUCAUUAGCCAUGGCCUAGUUUAGUUAUUAAUUUUUCCAAGACCACUCUUCUCAGCAUUAACAAGCUGUGUUUUUUGGUAGUAUUUUGACAUUGAGAUGUUCUAUAAAGAAUUACUCCUUUUUUUGUAGACUGUAUUUGAGUCUUAUAUUUCUGAGGGAAAGCGUUGACAAAUCAAAUAGAUCAGCUUGACCAGGUUUAUCCAAGAUCUCAAUUUCUGUUUCUUCUGCAGACGUUCGGUAUAUCUGGUGCCCUUAUUCUAGUCCCCAGUGGACAUUGACUCAUAUCUUGGGAGCACCAUGCUCUUUCUUCCACCAAAAAGAGCAGUAUGUGCUUCAGAGCAAACUCUGAAGGACAGGAAAGGUGCAAGAGCCAAGUUAUACCCUAUAUUGAUCGUAGGUUUUGUUGCUGGGGAAGUGAAGGAGGAAAAGCUGUCACCUGCAGUAGUCUUCCAGACGGAGCUGGUCAUGUUCAUAUUCCUUUCAAAGGUACAGAUUCUGCUUUGAGUUACAGUGGAGUAAUUGUUCUGUUAGUCAUCUUGAGAUCAGACCCUUUCACUCUGAGCUUCAAAUUUGCACCUGAAAGGAGCGAUGCUGGUAUUUAAAUAGCCAGUGGGGUGGCAGAGUGGGAACCCUUCAGCCCAGAGCUGUGUUAGCUCAUGCAUCCGACCCAGCUGAUUUUCCUGCUGUCGUUUCCUUGCAGGUGUAGUUCAGUGCCGCUCCUCCUUCUGUAAGGGCUCUGGUGUGCAUGAGAGUGUGCGUGUAACUGUGUAUUUUGGUUGAUCUCACGAGAAUCUUAUUCUGAACAGGUUUCUCUAGUGGGUUUCACUGGACUGGGUUUGACUGCUCUUGUAUUUGUGUUGUGGCUAAAUAAAGGAGAAAGA